AUGGCUGAUGAAACAGUGAUCAACGGGGAACUUUCCGACGAUCAGACAGUGGAAAUUGCCGGGGAUGAGGCUUCGGCCAAAAUUUCAGGGCUCACAGCUAAGGUUGCUGAUCUGGAGCGAGAAAACGCCGAAACAAUUCAGGAAAAUGAGGGCUUUAAGCAGCAAAUUGAGCAACUGAAGUCGUCCGUCAAGGAAUUAAGCACCGAGAUUGUGGAGCUGAAGAAGGAGGUGGACAGAGCAGAAUCAGAAAAUAGGGCCUUGAGUGCGGUGGCUGCUCGAGCUUCAGAACUUGAAACUGAUGUGUCGAGGCUUCAGCAUGACUUGGUAUCGACCGUGAGUGAUUUGCAGGAAUUGACUGAGGAGCUCUCGAGCUUGAAGAAGGAUUUUGAGGCAGUUAAAGAGAAGGAGAAGGAGAAGAGUGUUGAGCUGGAUGCUGUUGUGAAGGAACGGGACUUGUCAUUGGCCAAGAUUGAGAAACUGGAGGGAGUGGAGAGCGGUUUGAGGUUAGAAUUGGAGGGGAAGGAAAAGGAUGUUCGGGGUCUGAAGAAAAGUAAUGAGGAUUUGGAAGUGGCUGUAAAAAGUAGCAAGGGUCUUGAGAAGUCGAAUAACGAGUUGGAGAAGGAGAUUGAGAAAUUGAAGGUAGAAAUUAAUAUUCUACAUAGCAGCUUGAAGGAGAAAGAGAGUGUGAUUAGCGAGAUUGAGAAGAAAGAAGUAGCCGAUGGCGGUCUUAGUGGUGAGAGUGAAAAGAUCGUAAACCAAGUGGACUGGAUAUUUGUUGGGAGUUCGGCUGUGGCUGCUUUUGCUUUCAUGGGCUUCAUUUGCUAUAUACAUGCACGGAGGUACUGA